AUGGUUCAACGCGGGGUGUUUUUCACGGCUAGGGCCGUCGAGGCGGUUUCUGUCAAGCUUGGAUUUGGGAAGUUUGAAGUUGGCGAUCACUGGCAAUGUCGAGCAUGCACACAUGGCGAGGACGACCUCUGCGACGACUGCAUCGAUUCCUGGGUCGGGGAACUCACGCAUCUUAAUUACUCGGACGAUUACGAACGCAGACUCAAUGUGACUGCGGGUAUUACAAUGAUGAUUAUGGGCUUGGCAGCUAUACUGGGAAAUGCUAGUAUGAAUAUGUGGGAGGAAGGGGAUGUGGUUGCCGCGGUUUCGAAUCUCCUCAAAGCCGUGGUACCCUCUAUCCUACUUCAUCGCGGUCCCUGGACAUUCUACUAUAAUCUCUUCCUGGUGGUGGUCUGGCUCUCGACAGUUGUUGUAUUCUGGGGAAGCAUGCUGGUGGCUAUGUUCCUCAUGUGCAUGAACCCUAUGUCGCCUAGACACCGAAAACAUAUGACACCAUCGGCGUGGGUGGGUAUGGUGGUAUUCGUGACUCUAUAUGCAGUCGUCCUCAUCGCCGAUGGGAUUUCCAUUCCAGAUCAAAUAUUGGUCAUUUGGCCAGUCAUAAUGGGAGUGGCGGCGUGCUUGACUCCAUUCGCGAUGAGGGCAGCGGAAGCUGAUCUGGUGCUGGACAAGUUGGAUUCGGAGGAGAAACAAUCCUAA